AUGUUCAUGCGCAACGUUUUUGUCGCGGCUGUCAGCCUGCAGGCCCUUGUCGACGGUGUCGCUGCCCGGGAGCAGGUCACUCUCACCAAGUAUGUGACCAAGGCCAAGGCUAAGCCCACCGCCGCCGCCGAAAACAACCUCUACCCGGUUCCCGAUCUUCCUGAGCCCGAGGUCACUGUCCGCCCUACUUCUUACAUCGAGGACGGUACCACCAUCUUCGUCGACGAGACUGUGACCAUCCCUUGCUCCAGGUGCACUGCCAGCACCGCCGGUAACGCUGAUGCCGAGGCCACUUCCGAGGUCGAGGUUGUCAGCACUGUCAUCACCACCGAUGCUGAGGAUGGCGACGUUUCCGACCAGACUGCUGAGGUGACCGUUGUCCCUACUUCUUACAUCACUGACGGAACCACCAUCUUCGUUGAUGAGACCAUCACCAUCCCCUGCACCAAGUGUGCUGGAGGCAAGAAGACCGAGACUGGUGCCGCCGCCGAGGAGACCUCCGAGGCUGCCGUUGAGACUGAGGACGUCACCACUGGCGGUGAUGCGCUUGCUGAGGGUACUUCCUCUGAGGCCGCUGCUUCCGAGACCCUUUCCACUGAUGUCGCUGAGGCCACCGAGACUGAGGAGCAGACCGCUGAUAUCACCAAGGUUGUUCCUACCUCUUACAUUACUGAGGGUACUACCCGCUUUGUCGACGUGACUGUCACCAUUCCCUGCACCAAGUGCGCUGGUGGCAAGAAGACCGAGACCGCCCCUGCUGGAGCUGAUGAGACCGUCCCUGCUGUUGAGGAGAGCACCUCUGCCGCCGGCCAGGAGGGCUCAUCUGCUCUUGGUGUUGCUACUUCUGAGGCCGAGGCUGCCACUUCUGAGGCUGAGGCUCCUGUUCUCACUUCCAUCAUUCCCAGCGUCAUCCUUACCACCGGUAACAGCCAGGAGACCGUCAUCUCUCAGCCCGGUCCUUUCGCCAACACCACCAUGACCGUCCCUGCUGGCGCCGCCGACACCACUGCUGUUGAGGAGCUCCCUGCUACUUCUGAGGCUGCUGCUACUAGCAGCGCUGUUGUCAGCGAGAUCAAGAAGCCCGUCAUUGUUGUCAUCCGUGAGGUUACCAUCUUCCACCGCACCAUUGUCAUCGGUGCUGCCUGCCCUCCUGUCAAGCGUGGUACCAAGGGUGACUUCGUUGUCGGAACCGGUACUGAGGAGAAGUCCUUCCCCAAGAUCGACGAGGCUCUUGAUGAUGCUUGUGCUAAGCAGGCCAAGGCUUGCUCUGAGAGCGCUGGAAAGAACUACGAGGUCUCCGACUGCCAGAAGCAGCUUGAGAUCUGCCGCUCUGAUGCCUCUUCUACUGCCAAGGCCCCUACUGGUGAGAUGAAGGAGUCCACCGAGACCGCUACCGUUGUCCUUCCUUCCGAUGCCGCUGUUACCACUGGAAGUGACAACAAGCCUAACGUUGGUGGUCACGUUGUCAUCUCUACCCGCACCCUUACUGUCUCUGAGUCUUGCGUUGUCUCCGAUGGUACUCCCGUUAUUGAGACCCCUGCUUCUACUGAGGUCGGUGCCACCACUGUUCAGACUGCUGAUGCCGAGACCACUGAGGCCGCUUUCGAGACUACUGAGGGUGAGGUUGUUGGAUCUACCGCUCUCGGUGUUGAGACCUCUGAGGCCCCUGAGAUGGUUACCACUGUCACCAUGACCAAGCCCAACGGUGAGGUCAGCGUCACCUCCAUGACCCUUACCAACGGCGUCCCUACCGGAACCGGUGCUACUGUUCCCGUCGUUGAGGAGACCACCGCUGUCGAGGUUCCCGUUGAGGAGACCACUGCUGUCGAGAUCCCCGCCGAGACCUCUGAGGGUGUCGUCGUUGGCUCUACUGCUGCUGGUGUUGAGACUUCCGAGGUCCCUGAGGUUCCUGAGAGCUCCGGUCUUGUCACCACCGUCACCAUGACCAAGCCCAACGGUGAGGUUUCCACCACUGCUCUUACCCUCACCAACGGUGUCCCUACUGGCACUGGCACCGCUGUCUACCCCGGUUUCACUGAGACCAAGGUUGAGUCCGAUGCUGAGACUGAGGUUCCCGUCGAGACCAUGCCCGUUGCCGAGACCUCCGCUCCUGCUGAGGUUUCCUCUGCUCUCGGUGUUGAGACCAGCGAGGAGGCUACCACUGUUGUCACUGGAACUCAGACUGGUGUUGUUGUCAUCACAAUGACCAAGCCUAACGGUGAGGUCAGCGUUACCUCCAUGACUCUCACUACCGGUGUUCCUUCCGGAACUGGCGCUCUCACCGUCCCCGCUGAGGAGACCACUGUUGUCGAGGCUCCCGCUGAGACCUCCGAGGCCCCUGCUGGUGAGACCACUGCCGUCGAUGGAUCUGUUACCACCAUCUACAAGGAGGUCACCAAGACCGUCACCAACCAGGUUACCAACUACGUCACCGUCGGUGUUAACACCCAGACUGUCGGCGAGGAGACCAUCACCAAGACUCUUACCAGCGAGGUUACGCAGACUGUUACCGUUGGUGGUGGUGAGGAGAUCAUCACCAAGACUCUUACCAGCGAGGUUACCCAGACUGUCACUGUUGGUGGUGGUGACUGUGACCAGGCCGCUGAGACUGUCACCUCCAUGGUCACCAUGGACUGCGAGGCCGCCACUGCCAACGUUGUCACCCAGCUUGUCACCAUGUGCCCUUCUGCCCAGACCACCAUGGCCGUCUCCACCUCCAAGGAGCCCGAGACAGUCUACGUGACUGCCACCGUUGAGGCCCAGAACAAGAAGCCCAAGGCUACUGCCUACCCCGUCCCUGAGCGUCUCCGCCGCGCUUUCGGUCUCUGGUAA